CAUAAAGAAGACGUACUAUUUAAACGAAUGACUGCUACAGUCUGCGUUAAAAACACUGUUGUUUGCUGGAUCAGUCCAUACAAAUACAAGGAAAUGAAGUCGCGCGAUUUUCUCGUCGUCUUAAUUCUUCUUGCGAUCUUGGGAUCCUGCAUACAAGAUGCUGGUGCCAAGAAUACAAAGAAGGAUAAGAAACCCAAGAAAAAAGCCCCAGGAAAUUUAGACAGCAAAUUGACAAGUGGUAGCAUUGUGAUCAGUGGUGUGGGGCCCUCAAGAGAAACGGAUGUUGACCACAUGGCUCGGCUGAUGCCUCCCGAGCUGUUUGGGGCGGCAGGACGGCCUCAGCUGCCGGCAGAUUUCAAGAUGAAAAAGCGCAAGAUCAAACCGAAGAUAGCGAAAAUGAAACUGCGAAAGGUGGCGCGCCCUGCCGGUGAUGGUACGACUUACAUUGUAAAAAUGAAGGACUACCUAGACCUUGAUCAAACGGCAAAUAUGCUGGACGUAAAGGUGAAAGGCUACAGCAAAGCCAAGAAAGCAAAGAAAGUCCCGAAGCUGAAAAAGAAGAAAAAAGUUGGUAAACACAAAUUUGUAACCAUGGAAGCAGAGUUCAGUGCCAUAGAAGAGCUUGCAUUCGACAACGCAGUUGACUACAUAGAACAAAAUGGCGUGAUAGAAGCAAGCGCUUGGUGUGAUGAUCGGGGGCUUACGGGCAUCGGGUCCUGGGCUAUGGACAGAUUAGACAAGCGAGCAUAUGGACUUGACAACAAAUUUAAGAGCAUUGGGAACGAUGGUCAUAACACUUACGUUUACGUUAUUGAUUCCGGAAUUCGUGCCAGCCAUUCUCAGUUUGAGGGACGCGUCAUUGCAGGGGAUGUGUUCGUGAAAGAGGACUCCGGAGAAACAACUCCCAGCACAGAGGAUAACUAUGGACACGGGACCUUAGUGGCUAGUCUUGUUGGAGGUAAACAUUACGGUGUUGCACCAGGGACUAUGUUGGUAUCUGUCAAGGUCCUCAAUUCGCAUGGGACAGGGACCAUAGACGGCCUCGUUGACGCCAUAGGGUUUGCGGUGGAGGACUGCGCCAACCGUACAGCGGUGACCGGGAGAUGCAUCAUCAAUUUAUCUGUGUCUGCGCCGUUUGUAUCCAAUCUCAUUGGUGAUGCUUUGGAGGCAGCAGAAAAUGCGAGCAUUGUGGUGGUUGGUGCGGCUGGAAACAAUAAAGCAGAUGCCUGCGACACUACACCCGGAUAUUCAGAACACGUGGUUGCCGUUGGCGCCUCGGGUCCUUAUGACGUGUUUGCAGCUUCGUUUUCCAACUAUGGACCAUGCGUUGACAUCAUAGCCCCGGGCAGCAAAAUUGUUGGUGCUGGCACAGCCACAGAUUACGCUAUAAGACAAGAUAACGGCACAUCUUUUUCCUCGCCUUUUACGGCCGGGGUGUGUGCUCUGUACCUGAGUGUGGUCGACUAUGCUACAGUUGCCGACGUCAAGUCCUUCCUCAUCAACUGGGGUACUUCCAACAAGAUAAGUGGUCUUCCCAGCGACACCAUAAACACCGUGCUUUACCUUGGCUGUAGUUAUUUGUAGGCGGCGCCUAGAGCAAGGGAAAACGACAAAGAGACAAUACAUACUGCAUGAUUUAUUAGGUCAUCGCAGCAGCAAUGGCGUUAUCGAGAAUGACCCAUAUGCCUUAGGACAAAAAUGUUGAUUUAACAUUUGAUUUCACGUCAAUUUCUUGACAAGAGAUCAUGAUAAAUUUUAUUUCCGAUGUAAAAGUGCACCUUCUAGAACAGGAGCUGUAUACCUGACAUCGUCUUUCUAUCCCAUUUUAAUUGUUCUCUACUGUAGCAUGUGACGGCCCAGCUAGAUGAACUUUGUUAUGUAUGAGUCAAAUCUGAACUAUUUAUAUUUCAUAUCAAACCCAUGUGUUAAAAUUAUGUUCUGUGUAUUGUGAUAAGAUAAGCUAAUUAAAACGCUGGUAUAAAGAUUAAUCUGUCUGUAACAAAAACUAGAUGUGUGUUUAUUAAUUGAAGCUCUAAGGAAUCGUAAAAUAAAGAUCAU